AUGGCGAAUGCUGUGGACAAGUCCACGGACAAUUCAUUGACUCCAGAGGGGCCAACCGAUAGCCACAUUCUUUCCCAGAUCGAGCCAGACGAAAAGGGUGCAUCACAACUUGGCGGAGAUAGCACAGAGAUCACCGACCUUGGAUGGGCUAAGCCUGUUGAACACAUCGAAGAACGGUUGAUCGCUGGUCUAUCGAAUGAGAAUCUUUGGAUGUUGAUCCGGCGGUUUGACAAGCAAGUAUACAACGUCAAAGCUGUUCCAGACGCUCCACUCCAAAACCUGGACUUGACCCGCGCAGAUGACGAUGAAUUCACCCCAGAUAAGCUUCGUGCCACAAUCGAGCGAUUCUAUACAUCGGUUGUUGUCACACUCGCAAGUUUUGUCAAGCAUGUUGCCCGAUUGCGCUCUUGGAAAGAACCUCGACGAACAGCUAUAUUUUGUCUCGCCUACUCCUUAGCGUGGCUCCUAGACAUCAUUCUCCCUUCAUUAUUUGUCGCUUUGAUAGCUUUGGUGAUAUAUCCGCCAUGUCGACCCAUCUUAUUCCCACCCGCACCGAUUGCUCUAGUGGAUAAAAGCACCGGCGGUGUCCAAAAGCCCCAGGCGGGGAUGCUUGGGUCAGAGGAAAGCAUCACCGGUGCCCCUGAGAGGUUCAAGGGGGAGGCAGCCGAGCAGGAAGCCAGCAACCUUGUCGCGAGCGUUGCGAGUGUUGCUGUGGGAAGCGCAGUCGGGAAACAUGAUCAAGGAGUGCCUGAAGGUGCACCAUUGGAGGGUACUGUUCCAGAUGCUAUGGAUGUUGUCGCCAACACGGCAGAUGCACAGAGUGCUGCUAGUGGAAGAAUCCCUUCUGAAUCACACGACAAAACCCGACAGCCUAUGAGAGAAUCUGUCAUGGAAGCAGCCAAUAUGGGAAUGCAAUUGAUUAACGAUGCCACCGAUACUUUCGAGAAACUUUCCAAGGUUUUCGAUUUUUGGGGGUCCUAUUAUUAUGCGGGGUUUUUCUUUCUUGAAUCGAAAAUAUCCAAAGUGGCAGAAGCUUCUCCAGAUACAAAAGUUGUUCCCACGCUUUUAUACAAUCCUGGGAUAUAUUUGCUAAUUAUUCAAAGUUCUCUUCUCAAGGGCGUUCCUACAAACGCCCAACUGACCUUGACACUAUUGCGGAUCGGCGAGGCCAAUGCUUCACCACUUCCCCCGCCUUCAACUUGUCAAGACAAGCCUUCUUCACGCCCAAUUUCUCUUCAUCACGAGGAACUCGAACUCGGAGCUUCAAGGGAAGAAAUGGAAGAGGCAGCAGCAGCCGAGCCCCCCAAUCCCCCAGAUAUCACGAGCUCUCCAACGCACACAUCUCAAAAAAAUACGAUAGCAUCCAGUAUUAUACGUUUCUUCAGAGGAACAACAGCCACAGGCGUGGAGGGGAAACGAGGGUUCGAUCGUAUCAAGGCCACAAUAGGCUCACGCCAUGCCAAAAACCGAGUCGGGGUUCUUCGAUCAAAAGGUAAACUCAGCUCACCAAUCGGACCAGCCAAGUUCGAUGCCAGGUACAAAGGAAAACGCGGCACAGUGAUCAUAGAUUCCACGAGUGAACCUACAAUGCUCUAUUUCACGACCGAUUCUCUUCAAGAUGACGACCUUCAGUUAAGGAACCAGAAGGAGAGCUCGGUCUUGUUUCAGAUCCCCGUCGCCGAUAUUCGAGAAAUGAAGAAGCUUGGUGGACUAGGAUGGAAAGGGAAGCUGGUGGUUGGCUGGGCAUUGGGGAGCAAAGAGGUUGUUGACGGUUUACAAAUUGUGGGCAAAGACCCCAAGGAGUCAUUCCAACUUACGGCUAUGGGAACUCGGAAUCAGCUAUUCAAUCGGUUGAUUGCUAUUGAUGGACAGGUUUGGGCUUGCUGCUGA